AUGGCCACGACCACGGUCACGACGUAUCACUACGAUGCAAGGGCCAUCGCCACGGACAACGCACCAACAGCCGUGACCAUGACAACGACGAUAAUGGACGAUGACAGACCAGCACGAUACGAUGACGCUACCACGACCGCAACGGAUGACAGCGACAUGGACCACAACGAACACACCACGACAAUGGUCGACCGCGAUGCGAAGAUGACUGCCAUAGGGACCACCACGACGAACACGACGGGGACCACCACGACGACGAUCACCACGAGCGUGUGGCCGAGCCAAUCCAGGAUCGGACUCGACUGUGUCAAGCACGAGGUGGAAGGGCAUGGCAGCAAGCGGGUCUAUGCUUCCCUCGUUUACGGCCCACUGUCAUCCGAAAAGGGUUUGUCGCAUCCGACUAUUUCGGUCUGA